AUGAGUGAAAAAAUCAAACAGUUUAAAGAUGCUUUAUUGGUAAUACAAGAUCGACUAGAAAAAGUGCUUCAAAAUUCAAAGAACCAAGAGAAUUAUAUUGAUUACUUAGAAAAAGAAAUUCAGCAAGCAACUAAUAAUAUUAGAUUAUAUUUUCAAAGCCCAAAUAUAGUGCCAACAUUAAAUGGCAUUGUAGAUUAUCUUAAUACAAUAUCUCAGGCUGGCAAUUUAUUAGAACAGUCAACAAUAGAUACCUAUCUUCAUUUGAAUAACCGUAUAAAUAAUAUCAUAAACCAAAUAACCAAUUUACAAAUCCAGUUAGGCACUCUUCAAAAUGACUAUGAUCUUCUUAAUCAAGCUUAUAGAGCUCACAAGCUUAAUUAUCACUUGUUAAAAGCAACUUCUAUAGAUAAAAAAAAUCAUAUAUCCAAGCUACUUCAAGAAAACUUUGGAUUACUUCUUUUAAAUAGACAAACCUAUCAGCAAAUAAGAGAAUGCAGAGCUAACAAAUAUUUGUUAGAAUAUAAUCGAGAUAGGUUAUUUGAACGAUAUAAAAAAUAG